UGCCGAGCGCUAUCAUUGCCACGUGUUGCAUGCUGGCCUCGGAUUGAAAAUGGUUAGACGACGUUUUGUUGUGGUGGGUUUAUAUUAGUUAAGAGUUAGUUCAAUGAGGUAUUAGUUUAGAGGUGGUUCAGUAAGGUAUUAGUUAAGAGAUAGUUAAGUAUUAGUUUAGAGAUGGUUGAGGUCUGAAGUGAGACGAGGUUAUAUUAAUUGAGCUAGCGACGCCUGACCGUUAGCGUUCAUCUGACCCAUAAAGAUCCACUGCUUCAUCCAGUCCCUGCUGAUUCCUCAUCCAGCAGACAGAAUGCAGAACAUCUCCAUCUUGAAGGUGGAGAGUCCGUGGUGCCUGUGGGGGCGAGUCCGCCUGGACUCUGAGGGACAUCACGAGGACCUCCAAGUGAGGCUGAACCUCCACUACCAUGAUGUCACCCUUGACACCACCCCCCUGAAGCCCUGCUCAAUCUUGGAAGGACAGGUGUGUGUGCUGUACUGGUCAAUGGUCCGGUGUUGGUGUCGGGCAACUGUGGAGUCUGUAGUCGAGGUCCCCGUCUCCAUGACAACACAGGUGCGCUGCUUCCUGGUGGACCACGGGGAGCGGGUGGUCGUCAUGUCGGACCAGAUCUGCCUUUUGGAACCGGAGUUCCUGCUGGUUCCGUUCCAGGCACGGCGGUACCGGCUUGCGGGGGUCCGACCCACCACCCUGAGGCUAUCCAUCUGUGAGGAGAAGGCCCUGCUCAUUCCUUCCAACACCUGGGACAGCUCUGCUACACGCUACCUCCACAACCUGCUGCAAGCAUCGACCCAGAUGGAGGCUCUGCUGAUGGAGGAGGUUGAUGACUCCAGUUCCAUUGAGCUCUACCUGACCAUCCAGGGAAUCAAGAUCUGUGUGAACGACGACCUGGUGGCCAAGCGCUUCGGCUACUACUGCGGCGAGGAGCUGGGGGGGUCUGAGGGGGAGGGGCAGACCCCCGCCAUGUUGGCCUGGGACAUCUUCUCAGACACAGACCGCUUCCUGGCCUCCAACGGCUGCUCUAUCGGGGGCUACUGCACCCUGACUUCGCCCAGGACCACCCACGGCCUUCAGGGGAGGAUAGCUGCUGCUGGAGCUCAGAAGAGGACCGCAGACCCCACCGUGCAGAGGAGCCUGGCAGCAGCCCAGUCCUCCCAGGAGGAGAGGUCAGCGGGGGAGGGGGGAGGAGCCGGACGUCCUGCUGGAUGUGAGAGGGCUCGCACUGAAGGAGAUACAGAUGCUUCUCUUCUUUCUGAUCUGACCAAUAGCCUCAGCCUGUACAGGAUGCUGAAAUUCCUGAACUCAGACGCAGGCUUCAGGUCCACUGCCUGUCCGGAUGAGGACCAGCCCAACCCCCCUCCACCAAUACAGCCACCUAAUCCAGUAGUCAAAUCAUCUAACCCCAGCCCUCAUCCAGCCGGUGAACAACCUAACCCCAGCCCCAAACCCAGCCCUAAUCCAUCCGGCGACCAACCUAACUCCAGCCAUUAUCCAGAUCUGGGUGGAGAAUAUGGUCAUCUCAUGGAUGUAAAGGAGAUUCUUAAUGGGGAGCUGGCUGCUGAUUGGCUUCAGGAUGUCAAAGGGGAGGAGCUUCAGAGUUCUCCAACCACAGCCAUCUGGGGGAGACAAAAAAGGAGCCAUGAGGAUGAGGAUCCGUCGCUACUCGCCAGGGAAACGAUGUUUGGACCGGCCCAGACUCCCAGCAUACCUAGAGGGGUGGAGGACCGGGCUUGUACCAGAUUGCUCCAGUGGCUCGACGCACAACCUCAACUGGACCCCAAGAAGCAGGCCCUCAGUGACCCCUGCAGGGAGGGGGUGUUACUGCACUCUGCUCUGCCCAUUGAACCCUGCUCCAGCCUGGCCGACGCCCCCAUCACACACCUGCUCAACAGGGUGCUGGUGAGGCUGCAACACCCCGGCCCAGCAGUGUGUGAGUGCUACAGCUGGCCAGCUGUGGCGAGGGGCUGUGACGCACUCAUCAUUUCCCCCCGAGCGGACCAUCCCCUCAGCUACCUUCCCCCCCUCCUCACCAACCUGCUGCUGUCGCCCCCCUCCCCCAGCACACACUCUGGGCCAAUAGCAGUGAUUCUGUGUCCUGGCUGGGAGAAAGCCCAGACUGUGGCGGAGAUAUUGGAUGAACUCCAAGCCAGUCACACCUUCCAUCCAAUCACAGUGUUGCUGGGCGUGGCCAAGGACGAGGCCAAGACUGUCAAGAUCCCAAAGAACUGCCUCCUGCUGGUGACCACGCCCUUCAGCCUGCUGCGCCUCAUUUCCUGUCACUGCUUCCUGUUCCUGCGUCUCUCUCACCUCAUCCUGGACCAGGCUGACCUCCUGUACACCCUCGCCCCAGAACAGAUGUCCUCCAUCCUGCAGCACUUCCAGAAAGUAUCAUCAGGGGGGGGUCAGGUCCUCGCCGUGUCCCGGCGCUGGAGCGAUCACAUGGAGGGCCUGCUGACCAAUCACAUGUCGGCUCCCUGCGUGGUCAUCACCCUGCCGGAGGAGGCGGCGCUGUACGCCGGAGUCCACCAGAGGACCCUCCUGGCUCUGGAGACCAACCGGGCUUCAGUGCUGCUGGAGGGGCUGGACCUCAGCCCAGAGCAUGGCCAGAAGACCCUGAUCAUCACCAACACUGUGGAGGAGGUGGAGCAGGUGUUCAGGGUGGUGAAAACCACCUCGGCCUUGUGCCUGAAGGCCCACCAGGCCUCCACGGACCUGUUUGAGGCCAGCAUCGAGCAGUGGAGGAAGGACGUGGGCCCUGGGACACAGGUCAUUCUGGUCACUACGGAUGUGUGUGUGCGGGCCCUGGGGGUCCGGGACGCCACCUGCGUGGUCCACUACGGCUUCCCCACUUCCCGCCGCCUGUUUGGCCGCCGCCUCUUCAGCAUGGCGGCCAACUUCAGGAACCUGCUGGAGCAGCAUCAGGAGACCCCGGCCCCCCAGUCCCUGCUCAUCAUCUCGGAGAGGAACGCCCGCCACGUGCCAGGGGUCCUGCGCUACCUGGAGCGGACCCCGGCCCUGCUGCCCCCCGAGCUGCUGUCCUUCGCCCAGGGGGUCCUGCUGGCCCACGAGCAGAGCAGGGCCGGCCGGCCCCUCUGCAUCGCACUCAAGAGCUUCGGGCUCUGCAGCCGCGGUUCCUCGUGUCCAGACAGACACCAGUUUGACCCCCAGCAGGACCGGUCCCUCCUACCAGCCUCGGGGGUCCUGACGGUUCUUCCGCUCUGCAUCAAGACGGCCUCUGUGUUCUGCGGUCGCAUCCUCAGCCAAUCAGACGACGGCUUUGAGAAGCUGUCGGUUGCCAUGGCGACGUACUACAGCGAGGAGAGCGCCGACGCCAAGGAGCUGGUGGUGGGAGGGCUGUACGGCCUGAAGGAGGACCAGUGCUACCACAGAGUGCGGGUCCUGUGUGAGCCCCAGCAGAGAGGCGGUCCGUUCUUGGGGGUCCCUGUGUGCCUGGUGGACGAGGGGCGGGAACAGGAAGUGAGGUUCCACCAGCUGCGCCAGCUUCCUGCCCACCUCCAGCUGCUGCCAGAGCAGGCGGUGGAGAUGGUGGUCUGUGGGGUCCGGCCCACCGACUCAGAGCCCAGCUGGAACCCAGAGGUGACCAGGGUCAUCAGCCAGCAGGUCAGAGGUCAUCAGCACCAGGCCAGAGUGGUCUUCAGUCUGGGGAACACAGUGUUCCUUGACCCUAUGGUCAAAGUGCGCUGGAUCCCAGGGGUAAAGACCUGCAUUAACGACCACGAUGUGCGCCGCUUGAUUCUGGACACUGGGAAGGGAACCAGCAACCCUGAGCAUCUAGCGCUGCUCAAGGACCUGUGUCAGGGGGGCGGGGCCGCACCCCAGGGGGGCGGGGCCGCACCAGAGGGGGGCGGGGCCCCACCCCAGGCAGACACGGAUCAGAUGUUUGGACCGCCAGGGCCUCCGGAGGAGACACUGGAGGAAGCAGAGUCCAGACUCUACCCCUCCCAGACCAGCGAGCAGGAGACCCCUGGUCCAGAAUGCUCUGAAGACCAGCCCCUCCAGGAAACUUUGGAUGACCGCCCAGAGGAUCAGAUGAGUGGAGGUGGUGGACAAAUCAGAGCUGAUGUACCAGGAAGCCCUGAGCCAAUGAGCAGGCUCCACCCCCAGGUCAGGUGGUACGAGACGGCCGACCGGGUGGUGGUGACCCUGAAGCUGACCGACCCGGAGCAGCAGACAUGUGACUUCUACCCAGACCGGGUCGUCUACAGCGGCAGCGUGGGGGGCCGGUGGUUCCGGGCCGACCUGGCCCUCUCCGGGACUGUGGCUCCGGACGCCUGCAGCUGGACCCUCAGGGGCCGCCAGCCGGUUCUGCUGCUGCUCAAGGAACCGGCCACCCGCUGGAACCAGCUGCUGACUCACAAGAACCCUUUGGUGAGUUAUGACCUGGAACACUGGGAGGAAGAGAAGGAGGAGGAGGAAAAGGAGGAUGCAACACACCGCGGCGUCUGCUUUGUUGAGGACACAGGGGAGGAGUGUGGCUACGUCCUGGAGUCCAGCGACAGUGACAGCUGUGAUGAAUGAAACAUAACAGCUCCUCCUGCUGCUGCUUCCUCCUGGACUACUCGGUUCGGAAUGGCUGGGUCCAGGUGGUCUCAGCCUGUGGUCCUUAUCACCAGUCUCCAGUUUUCAGGAACGAUUCCUGGUUCUUGUCGUUUUCUAAAAAAUGUGGUUAUUAUUAUUUUUGGUAUUUCUUACAGAGAAACUUCCUUCUUUGUUGUUAAAAUAAUCAGUUUGAUUUAAUAAAGAAUUUGUAAAGCAA